AUGCUCCCUGACAGCAAAGUGGACGCUUAUGUCGAAGCGUGCACGUCUGCGGGCUGGGCACCUAUAAAGCCGGAAUUUGUGCUGAAUACCGACAGCUUCAAACCGUAUGUGACGGCAUUAGCGUCGGAGAGGACUCAAGAAGAGCCGAAGCCACAAGAAGAGCCGAAGCCGCAAGAAGAGCCGAAGCCACAAGAAGAGCCGAAGGCGCGGGAUGAUCCUUCCACAGCCUCAUGUGCUGGCGUCUCUGCAGAUGCUAAUACCCUAGACAAAGGACAACUGGAGCCGUCAACUGGAGUCGGCAGUCUGGAGUCGUGUGAAUACUCGAACAAAAGAGCACUUGAGGACACGUCGGCGCCUGGCGAUGCAGAAGGUGGUGAGGUGCGUGCUGAAACACGAAGGCAGAACCAGAAGCCCCGCGGUCAGAACAAGCAGCGCAAGAUCAACAUUGAGUCGGUCAGACGAGCCGGCAUGAACCAAAUUUGUCCCAACUUCGCCGGAGCCGGCAACUGCCCAGGCUGCAAACGGUCGCACGACCUGGAGAAGCGUCUUGGGGAGUUGAAGGCUGCCCAGUCCGCGCCGACGGUUGGGACCUUGCCGGAGGUUGACACCGCGCCAGGGUCCGAACCUGUCUCGGGGUCAGCACCAGCAGACACAACGGUCAAUGCAGAACCUGCGGUCGGUGCAGAGCCUGCGGUCAGUGCAGAGCUUGCGGUGAGUGCUGCGCCCGUAGUUGGUGCUGCUCUGGCCUGCUGCCCGUUCCAGAAGGCGUGUCUGCCUUGCCCGUACGGUAUCGGUUGCGAAGCGGACGCGCUGAGUCACUGCGACCCCGUGACUGGUAUCAAUCUCCUCGGGGGGCGGCCGGUGACGGUGGAAGACUUACGGUUAAGCGAGAAACGGUACGAGAACCACUCGCACACUAUUAUUGCGGCGUCCAAGCGGGCGGGUCUGAACAAAAAGCAGACAGGGAAGCCUGCCGUCCCGCACUCGACGGCUGCCACAGACACGUCGGCGGAUACGCCGACCAAUACGUCGUCGGAUAUACCACACAAGACGAGUGAGGCGCCGGGGGACGACUUGGGUGGCAACGUGCGGGCGAACCGGGCGGUGUUGAAACAGAAGUUGGGAGGCAAGUUGAUGUUGGCUCCGCUGACAACAGUAGGGAACCUGCCGUUUCGUCGUUUGUGUGUGGCGCAGGGGUGUGAGGCGACGUCGAGUGAGAUGGUGUUGGCGACGAGUGUGUGCCAGUUGCGAUUCGGCGAACUGGCGAUGCUGAAGCGACAUGCGUCCGAAAAGUUGUUUGGGGUUCAGUUAGCGGGCGGCUAUGUCGAGCCACUGCAGCGAGCCUGUCGUCUCAUCUCUGAGGCCGACAUCAGUUGCGACUGGGUUGACUUGAACGUCGGCUGUCCCAUCGAUGGCAUGCAGACACGCGGCAGUGGGUGUGUGCUCCUCAGCAAACACACUCGCCUCCUCGACAUAUGCCGAGCCAUGGCUCACUCACUCCCUUCCCAUAUCCCCCUCACCGUCAAGACACGCACCGGCUACUUGACCAGCCGCGACCAAGUCCUGCACAAACUCCUCGCCCCCCUUCUUGACCCCGCCACGGGCAUCGCCGGCUUUGCACUCCAUGGCCGCACCGCCAAACAGCGCUACAACCGAUACGCAGACUGGGACUACGUCGCGCGCUGCAAAACCUACACUGACUACCUUCACGACAUCAACAACCCCCUCAAGGAAAAUCCCUUCGCUGACGAAGCGUCCACCCUCCUCACACCCGAAGUUGUCGCCAUGUACUCAGGCUCCGGCGCCCUCCACUCAGAGGCUGGUGCCGGAGUGGCGACGCCGUCACCACUGUUUGUGGGCAAUGGUGACAUCUUCGAUUUCGAACAAUACAACCGGCUGGCGCCUUCCGUGGACAGCGUAAUGAUCGGACGCGGCGCACUCAUCAAACCCUGGAUCUUCCAGGAGAUCAAGGAACAACGCCGAAUCGACCUACCUAGCCAAGAACGUUUCGAACUUCUCAAGACCUUCUGCCAAUACGGACUCGAACACUGGGGAAGUGACCGACGCGGCGUCGAGAACACACGCCGCUUCCUACUCGAAGAACUCAGCUUCUUCCAUCGCUACAUACCCGUCGGCAUACUGGAACGACCCUUCGUCCCUCUCAACUCCAGACCACCCCCGUUUGUCGGGCGCAACGACUUGGAAACACUUCUCGGCAAGCCUUCCGCCGACCACUGGAUCCAAAUCUCCGAAAUGCUGCUCGGUAAAGUACCCGAAGAUUUCACCUUCAUACCCAAACACAAAUCUAGCGCCUGGGCCGAUUAA